AUGGAUAAGUAUAAGAGUAGAGAACUUUGUCUGAGUGUAUUAGCAGAUAAUUUUCUCAGGAUAAGUAUAGCACUAGAGAAUUUUCUCAGUGUUUUAGCAGAGAAUUUUCUCAAGAUAAGUAUAAGAGGAGACACAAAAUCAGAAGCUGAUAUAGAGAGAAUUAAGUCAACAUUGAUGUUAUGUUAUGGUUAUGUUGCCCUGUAUUCUCCACCUAGUCUCAUCAUAUCUCGGAUGGAGGCAACUAUACUUAGAUCUCUAACACCACACUUUGCUAAUGUGAAGGACACAAGUGUGAAGCAGAAUUUGAUUCGAGCAGUAGAUCAGAUAGGUCAAGCUUUACAUCCCAGUCAUCUAGGACAAACAUAUAAUUUCUCCAACAGGGGAGAGUUUCUGACACACCUUCAAACAUACAUGCAAUUAGAGAGUACUCUCAACAUUGGUAAUGAAACAAGAGCUCUCGCCAUGAAAUCUUGUACAACACUUGUUAAAUUGGACCCAAUAUUAAAUGAUGCAGACAUGUUUGAUUUAAUAAAGACAGUAACUGACUGUGUGUUUCCUCUACCACUGGAUGGUGGAUUUACACCAAAAAAGGGUAAGAGUGAUUUAGAUCAGGAAGAGACAGAAGUACUAAUGGAGGCUACAAUAGAAGCACUUGAGGAACUACUAACUGAACUACUCACCAAGAACUGUACUCCUAAUGCAUUUGAUAAUAUUCUCAAGCAUUUAAUACCCUGGUAUUUAUCCCUACAUGAUCAUGAGAGACAGAGAUCCAUGAAAACAACACACGUAUUACUACAAUAUCUCCUGGAAAACAUAGACACUAGCCAGAAGUUAGAGUUUACACAUGAGCAUGUAUUGCUGGCUAGACUGGUACCUCGAUGUUCUGAUCCAUGUAUUGAGGUGAGACAGAUGAGCAUGGACUGUAUACAAACAACAUUGUUGAUUGCUCAAAGAUGUGAAGGUUUAGGGGCAGACCAUAAAGACCAGAUGGUUGAAGCCCUGCCUACUCUGAAAGAAAGAUUACAGAAAGGUGAUCCUAAUGUACUCUACAGUGUGGUGAAUGAUUUAGCCAAAGUUAUAUCGAAGAAGUUGCCAUCAUCACAGCUUAAACCUUUUAUUGAGAUAAUACAGGAAGGAUUAUUAGACCCACAGUCACACAGCUCAUCUGGGGCAUGUGUUGUUCUUAAUGGAAUCAUGAAAAAUAGAGGAACAGAACUUCAAAAAGAGGUUGAGAAUAUUCUUAGUUCAGUGCACUCUAAGUUGUUUCAAAUCCAGUUUGCUCAAACUAAAACAGGUGCCUUGAGGACAAUCAGAACACUGUCACAGCAUCAUCUCUUACUAGUGCUAAAAUCAUUAUUAAACUAUCCACUACCUUAUGAUGAGAAUGUGGUAGAAAUCUGGAAGAUAUUAUCACAGGACCCUCAGAUCACUACAGUGAUGUUUGACCACAUGUUAGAGCUGUACCAGAAAAGUUUACCAUAUGAGGAGAAACCACAGGAGGGUCGGGAACCAGUCAGAAAAGCUACACAAGUUCCUCUAGCAAUAACAUGUGCAUUAGUUGAGAUAUUACAAGUUGAAGAAACAGAGGAACAAGUAAAGAAGAUCUACCACCGACUGUUUGCUGCCUUGAUGGUUAGAAUAGGUUCUAGUGUAGGUGUUGAACCUCUCAAACAACAAGUACAAGAGAAAGACCCUAAAGAUAAGAAGAAAGGAGCACCACCCCCACCUCCCAGUAAACAAGUGAAACCAAGCAGUGUUGCCGUGGAAGCAUUCCGGAAAUUUCUUGACCUGACAAAGAGUGAGGAUAUACAGGAAGUACUGGAUAAAGAGGAAUGCUGGGAGAAAUUUGAAGAUAAAGACGAGUAUCAUGAAGCCUUCAAUAUUCUUACAAAGGCAUUGGUCAACAGCACAGUUGGUGGAGAACAUGUGUCUAAAAUAGUUGCAAGUUUGACCUCAACGUUGUCGAGUUUGUAUGAUCCACAAAGGAUUGUUGUAGCAUCAUUCUUUGCUGAGCUUGUAAAUCAGAAAUGUAUGGGAGAUGAUAAUUUGAUAGAGCUUAUCAUGAACAGUUUAUUAGGACGUUUGGUAGAUUCCUCUCAUGUUGUCAGACAGAUGUGUAUACGUGGACUCGGUAAUGUUGCCAGCAUUGGCAAAACUCAGGUUCAGCAUUAUUCUACAACUGUGUUAUCAGCUAUGAUGGCAGGAAUGGAUGACAAGGAAGAUCCUGAAGAUGAUAUUACAGUAGAAUCAAUGAGUGGAUUGUCACGUGUCCUCACUGAGAUUGAUGAGAGUCAUAUUCGUGCCAUACUUAUAAAUGUAGCACUUAGAAUCAGACCAUGCUUUGAAAAGGAUAAGGCAAAUGUGCGAGCCCAGUCUUUCAUACUGUUUGGGAACUUGUCAGAGUUUGGGGAUGGUCCAUCAAAACAGCCAUUCUUGGAGCAAAUACACAGUAACUUUGUUAGUCUUCUACUACAUCUCAAUGACCCAGAUGUUGAGGUGAAAAAGGCAUGCAAGUAUUCAUUAAGAAAGAUAGGCGGUCUAAUAGGGUCCGAUCCAAUCAACACAAUGUUCCAGAAACUUCUACUAGAUGAUGCUAACCUUCAUUAUGGAGAGUUUAUGAAUGAUCUUUCCAAACUUAUUAUCCAAGAUUUCCCAGAAAAGGUGAACUUUUAUGUGAUGGGCUGUGUAUCAUUUUACAAGAGUAUGUGGUCCGAGAUAAAGAGUAAUGCUGCACUGUUUACAGGUUUUCUUCUUGGUAACUUGCCGGAAGAAAAGCAAAGUGUUAUUUCCAAGGAGCAUGUCUGUGCUGCAUUGAUAUUACUGUUAAAAGAUCCAACACCAGCUGUGAGAUCUGCUGCUGCUGAAGCCAUGAGUCUACUAGAUAAAUACUAAUUACAGUCAAAUAUAUGUACACUAUGAUAUAGUUACUGUAGUGAGUAUUACAUGGUGUGUAACAACAAUGACAUAUAGAUAGUGUAUAACAAUACUAUACUGCUUAAAGCAAAUUUCUUCUUCUUUGAUAAAUUAAGACAAAAUCAUAGGAAAUAUAAACAUGAAUUUGAUAAGGGACCAUAUAAUUGUUUAUGUCUUGUGUAUAGAAGAUGUUUCUUUAGUGUUAUUUAUUUUAAGUUUUGAAUGACAUUAUAAACUCUUUAUAUAUUAGUUGCUUUAUAAGUAGAAAUUAUAAGUGCUAUUGAGUGAUAUUUAUAUUUUAUUGUUUAUUGAUAGCUGUUUAGGUAGUGUAUUUACAGAAUGUAUGUAAAAUGUAAGACAUUAUGAUAUAAUUAUAUUAAUAUACAUGUAUACAACAAAUUACAAAAUUAAUGUUAUCAUCAUAUUUUUGUUCCAUAUAUUAGGAAAAGACAAGUUAAUUAAAUUACAUGUAAUACAGUUAUUACUAAAACAAAAUAUUGUGAUUUACAAAAUGGUAAAUAAUAAGGUGUGAAUGAUUUAUAUUGUGACAUGGUUUAUAGAUACAGAAUAAAUGAAAUAGUUGAACAACUUGUGUAAGUUAUUGUAGAUGAUUUAUGACAUUAUAAUAUCAUGUCUAUCCUCUAGUCUGUGAUUAUAAAACAAUGUUAUUAUUAUAAAGUUUAUUCAUUAUUUAAAUAUAAAAUGUGUAAAUCAUCUGAUACUGUUGUAUUAAACUUUAAGUACAUGUUGUAUAUGAUUUUGUUGUUGAAUAUUUCUUGUUUCUUGGGCAUGACUAUGUGAAUACAAUUUUUAACAUAAAUUAUCUUUACAUCCUUAAGUCUUGUCUACAAUUGCUACAUUUUGAAUAUUUGACUGUAAAAUAUAGAUGACUGGAAAAAAUAAUGGAUGUCUUUAUUUCGUUUGCAUGUUCAGACUUUAUAUUUCAUGUAUAGAGAAGUUGUCUAUAUUUUUUCUGGUUUUUAUUUUUGCUAAUUUUGCAUUCUAACUACAUAUCAUUUAGUAAUAAAAUAAACAGAAUAUUUCUCUUUCAUAUUUAUCUCUUGUGUGGAAGAUGGAUUCAUCUUCCCAGUAAUUUAUAAUAUAUAUUUUAUGUCAAGAACAAUGUGUUAAACAUGGUAAUGAUUCAUCUAUAUCUAUAUGAAUCUGGUAGGGUGAAUGUACAUAAUUAAGAUGUGUAUGCAUUUUUUAAGUUCUUUUUAGUGCUUUUCUGACAAAAUUAAUGGAAGUAUAAUAAACUUUGUUUGAAUUUACAAUAGGUAUCUCAGAUACUAUUAAGUAACAGUACAUAGAAUAAAAUUAUAUACAAAAACUGGAGAAGUUAUUUCAGAGUUAUUGUAGUAUUGUGUGUCAUGAAUGAGUCAGCAAAUCAGUUAUAUGUUUUAUUAUUAUAUGUUUUAUGCAAUGGACAGUUUUUAUAUAUAUAGAUAUUUCUAUAUCUUCAUAUGACUAUACAAGUAUAUAUGCAACACCCCCAUUACUGAUAAUUUGGCAAAAUGCUUAAUAUGUAACAAUGAUCAGUUAUGUUUUAUUUAUGUGGCUUGUCAGAAACCAGCCAAAAUCUGUGCAAUAAACAUAUACACUAUA